AUGGGCGCCUUCACCACUCUACGCCUGGAGAGUUCCGAACAAGUGAACCACAACACCAAACGUCUUCGAUUCCGGUUACCAGAUCCAACCGCGAAUACUGGACUGACCUUGACCUCGGCUAUCAUCACAUUCCACAAACCUAAGGACGCCUGGCUCCCGGUAAUCCGGCCCUAUACCCCAAUCAACAACAUCAAUGAGCCUGGCUACAUCGAAUUGCUGGUCAAAAAAUACCCCAAUGGCAAAGCUAGCACAUACCUCCACUCUCUCCAACCUGGUGACACACUGAACAUUCGCGGUCCCAUGAGGAGAUACCCCUGGCGACCCAACGAGUUCGAACAUGUAAACCUCAUUGCCGGCGGCGCCGGCAUAACCCCCAUGUACCAACUCAUCCAAGGCAUUCUCAACAACCUCGAGGAUAGAAGCAAGAUCAAGUUGAUCUUCGGCGUCAAUUCCGAUGCGGAUCUGGUCUUGAAGAAUGAAUUGGAUGCGUUUGAGAGGAAGUUCCCCGAUCGUUUCAAGGUUGUGUAUACGGUUUCGGACCCAGGCGAGGGGUCACCCUUCCCUAAGGGCAAGAUUACCAAGGAACUGCUGGAGAGGGAGUUAGUGGGUGCUAAGGAUAGCAAAGGUACCAAGGUAUUUUUGUGUGGGCCACCGGGGAUGGAGGCGUCUGUUGCGGGGACGAAGGGACGGUUCUUUGGGCAGGCGGGAAUUUUGGAGGAGAUGGGAUACUCGAAGGAGCAGAUUCAGAAGUUUUAG